AUGCCUCAGUCUAAGGGACCAUCAGGAUCUGCGGGUCCUCAAGGAUUUCAAGGUGUCAGGGGUGAGCCAGGAGAGCCUGGCCCUCCAGGAUCCCCUGGUAUCCCGGGUCCUAGGGGUCCCCCAGGAGUUCCAGGAAAAGAUAAAAAGCAAGGUGAGGAUGGCGAACCUGGAACGUCAGGAUCUGGAGGCUCUCCGGGACCUAGGGGCCUUCCGGACAUGCCAGGACUCCCAGGCAUCAAAGGCCACCGUGGGUUUCCGGGUCUGGACGGGGCUAAGGGUGAACAGGGCCAACCAGGGGAGAAGGGAUCACUAGGGCCCUCGGGCCCCAUGGGGCCCAUCGGACCAGUGGGUCCCGUCGGGCCCAGAGAAGAAAGAGGAAGAGAAGGUCCUCCGGGUCCUCCAGGUCUUAGGGGAAUCGACGGCAUCGCAGGAACUCCUGGAGCUCCGGGUGCGAUCGGUAAACCAGGAUCACCAGGAUUUCCUGGGUCUCCAGGAGCUAAAGGAGAUCAAGGAGCACAGGGUCCCAAGGGCAGUCAGGGUCUGCAAGGUCCUAGAGGUGAGUCUGGACGUCCAGGAAUAUCCGGUGAGUCAGGUCUACCAGGGCAACCCGGCAAGGAUGGAUACCCAGGAGAGAAGGGAAAUCCAGGGGCUAACGGCAUUCCAGGCCCUCCGGGCUUUCCAGGAGCUCGAGGACCCCCUGGACUCUCUGGCAGUGUCGGCCCCCAAGGCCCUAAAGGACAACAGGCUACGCCAGGAGAGAGGGGCUACAAGGGAGAACAUGGAAUGAAAGGAGAAGGAGGAGCACCAGGACCUCGAGGCUUGCCGGGCCUGCAAGGAGCUGAUGGCAAGAGAGGGAAGCGUGGCCAGGUAGGGCCCGCCGGACCGACUGGACCAGUGGGCGAGAGGGGGUCCACCGGGCCGAGGGGUCUCCCCGGGGCGGACGGUGCUGCUGGACCUAAAGGCCAAACAGGAGACAGAGGACCGGAAGGACCCCAGGGGACGAAAGGAGCCACAGGAGAUUCAGGCAGGCCUGGUCCUCCAGGACUUCAGGGUCUGAGAGGUCCACUAGGACGUACAGGAGAACCGGGAAAAUCUGGAAAUCCAGGCGAGCGAGGAAUCCAGGGGGCAGAUGGAAAACCCGGCGAUCAAGGGAUCCAGGGACUCCAGGGACUUCCAGGACCCCUUGGACCACCAGGGGAAAAGGGAAUGCCGGGAGAACCAGGGAAGGAUGGUGAUCAAGGACCACAAGGAUCAGUGGGACCGCGAGGAGACCCUGGCAAAGACGGACCACCAGGCAUACAAGGACCUCCAGGACCACCAGGACUGGACGGGGAACGAGGAGCUGUCGGAUCGCCAGGACCAACUGGGUUUCAGGGACUACCAGGAAUCGGAAACCCUGGAGCACCAGGGAAGGAUGGUGAGCCGGGAGUACAGGGUCCUCCAGGACAAUCAGGACCCGCAGGACUUGGAGGAGAAAGAGGAUUCCCGGGUGAGAGGGGAGCGGUUCGGCCCAUGGGACCGUCAGGACAACGUGAUCAUGGAGUUCAAGGCAGUGACGGCGCGCCGGGACCUCCUGGGGUCAGAGGUGAAAAGGGACACUCUGGACCACUUGGACUUGUGGGCUUGCCCGGACUGAGGGGGAUGCCCGGCCCUCCAGGAGACAAAGGAGAUAGAGGAUCCGUGGGCCCAAUGGGACCGGAAGGCCCAGAAGGAAGGCAAGGUGAAAGAGGACCUCCAGGUCCGUUAGAGUCUCAAGGACCUCCCGGAGAGCCAGCUGAGAGAGGGGAUCCAGGACAACCGGGGCCGCCGGGAGAAGUAGGUGCGACGGGCAACCCAGGAUAGAGAGGUCCCGUUGGCCCCCAAGGCCUUCAAGGGUUCCCAGGGCCGCAGGGGUUGGUAGGACUACCAGGGGUCAAGGGCGAAAGAGGACUCACCGGACUGAAAGGAGAGCAAGGCAAACCCAGGGCCUUCAGAGCUUUUCGGAGUCCUGGGGAGCAGGGACUGAUGGGCCCACCUGGACGACCGGGCGAGCCGGGACAAGCGGGUCAAUCAGGAUCAACAGGACCUCCGGGACCAGCAGGAGUUCCUGGAAUCAAGGGAAUCCCAGGGGACUCCGGUCGACCUGGCAAAUCCGGGGCCAAUGGGGCAACCGGGCUCAGGGGUUGGACGGGAUCAAGGGGAGAGCGAGGAGGCGAGGGCCUUCCUGGAGGACCAGGACCCUCAGGACCUCAGGGUUCUCCCGGUGACAGAGGAUUACCAGGACUUCCUGGAUCUACAGGACCUCCCGGUCUUCAGCGGCCAAACGGGGAGGAGCCCCGGAACCUACAGGGCUCCACACGGUACUGCGUGCACAUCACACUGGUAUCACGACUACCCUCUAUCUGCCCAGCAUUACAGCGCAAGGCUAGAAAUAAACCGGUUUCACUAGUAAUCCUGUAUGUCAUAUGUAUGCUCCAACUUUAUCAGGAUCAUUCUGUGGUGUCAGCCCCUACACGGUACUGUGUGCACAUCACACUGGAUCAUUCUGUGGUGUCAGACUCUACACGGUACUGUGUUCACACCAUACUGGUAUCACGACUACCCUCUAUCUGCCCAGCAUUACAGCGCAAAGCUAGAAAUAAACCGAUUUCACUAGUAAUCCUGUAUGUCAUAUGUAUGCUCCAACUUUAUCAGGAAUCCAUUCUGUGGUGUCAGCCCCUACACGGAUCAUUCUGUGGUGUCAGACUCUACACGGUACUGAUGUUCACACCACACUGGUAUCACGACUACCCUCUGUCUGACCAGCCUUACAGCGCAAGGGCUAUAAAUAAACCGAUUUCAACUAUAAGUCCUGUAUGGUCAUAUGCAAGAGUGUGUUUUGCAUGCUCCAGCUUUAUCGGUAAUCAUUCUGUGGUGUCAGACUCUAACACG